AUGGCCGCUGCCAACGGAGGCAUAAAUAUGGUCCGAUACUUCUUCUACCAAGGCAGCACAAUUACCCCAAAGCAGAAGAAGGCAUUGGUAGCUCUAGAUUAUGCGACGGCACGGGAUCUGCAGCUGACUCCCAAAGCAAUUCUCAGCAGGUCUGAGCUACACAAAACAACCAGCAUGGAGGGCAAGCGUGUCGAAAAUCCGAGAGGAUGGCAUGGUACUUUCGCCUUCAAAAACAACGAUCAGGUGGAGCGAAGUUUCCACGUAGCGUCGUAUGGAUACACCAACGGGAAGGAAGACUUCAUACUCAAGGAGGCAACCCAUACCCCGGAGAAGCGGGACGGAACACCCCGAGGUGGAAAGGGAUCUGGAAAGGUGGUCUGGCCCCCAGAGAAGGAAAAGCUCGAAGAUUACGUGGACAGUACCAUCGCUUACUCACACCUGCCCGAGCGGGAAUGA